AAAAUGGAGUAAUGAAUCUGAAAUUUUCCCGUAAAAACUACCAAUUGAAGCAAAUUAGCAAAGUGGAAUUGGCACACUGGUAAAAACUACUACCUCCUGCAAAGUGAGCGUAAGAGCUCCGAAAUUGAAAAAUGGCCGACCGCGUUAAACCAGCUCACGACGGCAAUGAAAUUGCCCGGGAUGACUCCGCCGCCGGUACCAACAUUGAUGACCUGGAAUCCCUCCGCCGGGCCGCCCGGGAAAUACCAUCCGAAGUCCUGAAAGCUUUGCUUCUCAAUGGCGUUUGUGCACAAUGCAUAUUCAGGCUACUUAUUCUUCAUGAGCAAAUAUGUUCUCGUCCUUCUGUGGCAACACCGAUUUUGAAUAAAAUUCUACAUGAAUUAUCAGAACACGAAGAAGAUGGAGCUAAUAGCAAUGUCAGAGGAAUGGGUCAAGAUUUUAAGGACGAUUUUGAAGUUUGCAGGGUCUGUCUAGGCAUCUUGCAGUUUGUAUACAAUAAUGACGACAAGGUGUUGGUGAAAAAGAAUAAUGCUAAUGACUUUGCUGCUGCAAUAGCAGAUGUUGUGAAGAAAGAAGGCCACCAAGUUGACAGCUUUUCUCUCGAGGUCUCUCUGCCGUCAGCUGUAGUUGAUAACGAUCAGGCAGUUUGGUCAUAUAUAAAAGAGAAGUACGGUUCUCAACCUUGGUUCCAGGAAAAGAUUCCACCUGAAAGCAUAGCUGUAACUGUGAAGGAUUUCUUGAAACUGUCAGUGGCAAGUCCUUUAGAGAAAUUAUUGGAUGUGAAGUAUAAUGAAAGUUCCUUCAGAAUUCGUUUGACAUACACACUUUCUAAUGCAUCAGCAGAAGGACAGAGGUCUGAUGAGAGCAAUGGAUGCUAUAAGAAGAGAAAAAUGACAUUACCUCCGUCAAAAGCUGUGAUGGCUCGUGUGAAAUUGAAAGCCAUGUACCCAGUGGAAAUUCUUCAUUUGACUCACAUGAUGGUGGGGCUGGUCAAUCUGUACUGCGUCCCGAGUUUUCAAUGCUACAAGACUCCAAUCUAUGUCGGUGGGCGAUAUCUUAAGUACUCUAGAAAUGUCAGCCAGACGCGUUGGAUUAUUGAUGACGAGCGAAUGGGUGAAGCAUCUAUUGAGGAAAUAGUUGGCGGCAACAUCCUUCCCAUUUGUCAGGGUGAUAGUUACAAGUUUCAUGCUUCUGGCCGAGAAGAUAUUGAUGUUCGGAUGCUCGGUUCCGGGCGGCCUUUUCUAGUCGAGAUUCAGAAUGCACGCCAAUUUCCUUCUGAUGUGAUAAUAAAGGACAUUGAAAUGAAAAUAAAUAGCCUUGAGAGCCAAUUUGUGAGAGUAAAGAAUCUCAAGUUUUUAGGAAACCAGGGUUGGGCAUUAAUGCGUGAAGGAGAAGCCGAGAAGCAGGCAAUUUCUAUAUAUAAACAAUAUGCUGCUCUUGUUUGGAUUUCCCGUCCUCUGAAUGAUGAGGAUGCAUGUACAUUAUCAUCCCUCAAGGACUUGCAAAUAUUGCAGAAAACACCGAUAAGAGUUCUCCACCGCCGAAGUCCAUUAGGGCGUGAGAAAACCAUACAUUGGAUGAGAAUAGAGAGGAUAGCCGGAAGUGCUCAAUAUUUCAUGCUGCACUUGUGUACACAGGCUGGAACAUACAUCAAGGAAUUUGUUCAUGGAGAUCUUGGGCGCACUCAUCCUAGUGUCGGUUCAAUCCUGGGAUGUAGAGCAGAAAUACUACAACUUGACGUGACGGAUGUGAAGAUGGACUGCUUCCAGGCCUAAAAUUCACUAUCUUGAACUUGGUUUUACAUUGCUAUUGAAUUCAGAAACUCCAUAGACAAUAAUUGAUGAAAAAAAAAGAAGGUAAUCCAAUCACCAUUGCUUAAAUGUGCAUUGUGGUACCCAUUUUUAGAUGAAUGUCUAAUAUUAGGCUCUGAUAGAAUUACAGAAGGAUAGUGUUACUUGCAAUAUUUUCAAGUAUUACAUUAAUGAGAUGAUCCUGAAGGAGACCAUUAUUUAUGUAAAUCCUUCAAAUAGAAACACGCAUAUUGAUGUUCCAUAGUCUAUAAAGCUCUG